GCUACAUUAUGCACCUGGCGCGCAAUGCACAGGAAACGUGGAUAAGGUGAGCUGUUAGGUAAAAGAAAAACAACAUCCAAAGCAACAUUAGCAGAUUUCCUUUCUGUAGCCGCUGUAAGUGAGCCUUGCAGCAGCAGCACCCAGAAGUGAACAAAGCGACCCGGAAGCGGUGGUCCGACUGGAGGCAGACAGAACAUCAACCUUUUAUAUUAUAGCUGUUCUCGCAAGACAAUAUCUGCAGCCAGGACAGAAGUUGUUUCAGGAUGGCAGAGCCUCGGUUUAACAACCCGUAUUUUUGGCCACCGCCCCCCUCCAUGCCAGGCCAGCUGGAUAACCUGGUCCUCAUUAACAAGAUCAAGGAGCAGCUGAUGGCGGAGAAGAUUAGACCUCUGCACCUGCCGCCUACCUCCACCCCCUCUCAGCAGUCUCUGCUGGUGCCCACCUCGUCCCCGGACGGUGGCGCUCCGCACGGCAUGUCGGUGCCAAAACCUCAGCCGCAGCAGGUGCCGGCCCACCACUCGCACCCUCAGGGCUCCGGGCAGCCGGACAUUGCUCUGCACGCUCGUCCCGCCUCCAGCUCUGGACCAGAUGGAAAUCUGGAUGACAAGUCAUCAGUAAAGGCCAAAGGAUUAUGGGAGGACUGGCACAUGAGACAACUUAGUGAGCAAUCAAGCCGGGUCAACCAUCGUUCAGGUCUGGCUCCCUCAUCUCGACCCGACAACCACGGCACCUCGGAGGCCCUGACCCCCACAACUCCAACCUCGAGCGGCCAGAACCGUUUGGGUGGUGCUCCUUCUGUCAAUAUCAUCUCUGGGCUGGCUAGCGGUCCCGGCAUGGACCAUAUGAAGGGCGGAGGCCUGGCGGGACUCCUGGGCCCCCCGCCGAAGGCACCUCGGGGAAGAAAGAAGAUAAAAGCUGAAAACACAUCUGGGCCUCUUUUGGUGGUGCCCUACCCCAUCCUGGCAGACCAAGGCUGCGUCACUGUGGCGCCUAAAGAGGGCAAAACCUACAGAUGCAAAGUCUGCCCUCUGACCUUCUUAACCAAAUCAGAGAUGCAAAUUCAUUCCAAGUCCCACACAGAGGCCAAACCACACAAGUGUCCUCACUGCUCCAAGACAUUUGCCAACGCCUCGUACCUGUCCCAGCACCUGCGCAUCCACCUGGGGAUCAAACCCUACCACUGCUCCUACUGCGAGAACUCUUUCCGCCAGCUGUCGCACCUGCAGCAGCACACCAGAAUCCACACUGGCGAUCGGCCUUAUAAAUGUGCUCACCCUGGAUGUGAAAAGGCUUUUACUCAGCUGUCUAACCUCCAGUCUCACCAGAGGCAGCACAAUAAAGACAAGCCGUACAAAUGUCCUAACUGCUACCGUGCCUACUCAGACUCUGCAUCGUUGCAGAUCCACUUGUCAGCGCACGCCAUCAAAAACGCUAAGGCCUACUGCUGCAGCAUGUGCGGCCGGGCAUACACCUCAGAGACCUACCUUAUGAAGCACAUGUCCAAACACACAGUUGUGGAGCACCUAGUGAGCCACCAAUCGCCACAGAGGACCGAGUCCCCCAGCAUCCCCAUUCGAAUCUCCCUCAUCUGAGCUCCCAGAGCAUCCAGCAGCAAGAUUUAUCGGUCUGGGUUCUGCCGGACCUCCCAGGCCCUGCACCCACGUUCAUCUACAUAAGGCUUACAUUAGCGUUGUGACAGCUGACACAAGCAUUCGGUGUUAAGAUACAGUAAACAGACCGCCUCCAUCCAUCUCCGCCUGGGCUGUCUAUCAGUAAAAAAAAAAUAAUAAUAAUAAUAAGAGCACAGCGUUGUUUUGUGAAUGUAACAGUAUAGCUUGACAUUAAUCCGGCGGUCCAAGCGGGUAAGAAUGUCUUGCGUCAGAUUCAGUAAGCACUUUGGUAAGCAUCAUGUAAACCGUUGGAUGCAUCGGCCGUUAAAUAUAUUUUAGAUACUCGGUUGUUUUUGUUUCUGUACAGUUUAUUUUGUCCCCCUUUGCCAUAAAAUGGGUUUUCAAACCCUGCCACGUGAUAUUUGGACUUUUAAAGUAUUAAGAGGGGAAGUGGGGGUUUGCUAGGUGUAUUUGGAAAACAUCCAAAGAUGAUCUGAAAGCACUUUUUGGCGCCGCGGUUUUGGCUCGAGUAGUUUUAAUCAAAUUGGACGGAAAAUGCAAGAAGGGGGGCAUUACUUGUGGCAGCUAAGAGUACAAAAUAUAGUUUCUGUGCUGCUUCUGUCUUCAUGUUUCAGCACAGGUACUCAGUCAUCUAAAACUGAUGACAGGCAAUCGGUCGAUGACAAUUCACAAGUUUUCUGAUUGAGUUAGGAGGAGUUGUUACUGGCAGAAAUGUAAGAUAUUGUUCUUGUUUUAGUUUUAUUCUAAACUUUUGACACCAUAUUCGUUUUUUACUCGAGUGCCAUCUUUAUUAAAUAUGGCAUUUAUGAUAAAUACUGCCCCCCCCCUCCCCACAUACACACUUUUUAAUGCUCCUUCAAGUGAUCAGUGCCAUACAGGUCCUUCUCAAAAAAUUAGCAUAUUGUGAUAAAGUUCAUUAUUUUCCAUAAUGUCAUGAUGAAAAUUUAACAUUCAUAUAUUUUAGAUUCAUUGCACACUAACUGAAA